CCCCUUUCAGUCCACAAGGGCUGAACCUUGAUACUUUAUAAGCACGGCUAUAAAGCCUGGACAGACACAGUCAGCGAGCCAGCCAUGAUGGAGUUUGUUCACGUAGCCAUUGUCGUGUUCAGUCUUCUGUCUCUUGGACAGUCAGCCCCUGUGACCAACUGUGAGAGUCUAACCAAACCUAUUAAAAUCAACGGGACAGAUCAGUUACUUGGAAGAUGGAAUUACGUGGGAUGGAGCACAAACAUGGUUUUAGGUUCCAUUGUAGCAUUGUUUGCGGAGCCUGGCUGGUUGCAUAUCACAGCUACUGAUCAACAUGAUCUGCUCAUUACAUCUGACUAUCUUAAAAUGUUUGACACUUGCGAAACCAUGAUUUCCAACAUGACUCUAAAAAACAACACUUUUAUUACAGGUAAUAAAUCUACAGUCUCACUUCUGACAACAACCUGCCCAGAUUGCUUGGUUCAAUACUCCACUGGACCAGGCUCAGAAAGGCAUCUGGAAUUUUUAAGUAGAAGAACCGCAGUCACAGAUGCUGAGCUGGAGGAGUUUAAGAAGCAGGUCGAGUGUCUAAACUUACGAAAAUCUAAAAUCCUGGAUCCCAAAAGAGAACUUUGCCCAGUCCAAUCGGCCACUGACUAGGAAGAGCUCACCAACAUGACGAAAAACAUCUUGGACUUCCUUGACAGUGUUGAUGAGCUGGAUAACUGUCCAAAGGAAAUAGCAUGUUCUGUGAUGUCACCUGAAGUAAUAGAAAAUCAUCAUGUCACGAAAUAGCUUGUCAAUUCUCUAGAAAACGAGUUCUUCUAGCAUAAUAAAGAUGUUGCAAAAAAAGAA